AUGGGGUCGUCGUGGGUCUGGGUCUGUCUUUUGCGGCUGGUAAGAAUCAUUGCACUCACCAACUGCACGUUGUUGACACAUUCAGUAAUGAUACUCGUAACCAAGCUGUUGAAAUCAACUACAGGAGAGGAUAAUGCAAAGGUUGAGACAUUUAUUGUCGCUGAUCGAAAAGUCCGGACUGGGUUGAUUGCUUCUGCUGUUGUCUCGUCUUGGCUUUGGAGUACAAUGUUAUUGAGCACCACACUGGUGGCUUACCAGUAUGGCAUUAGUGGUCCGUUUUGGUAUGGCGCUGGAUGCUCUCCUAUGAUCGUUUGUUUUGCAUAUCUUGGUAUUGUAUGCAAAAAACGUGUUCCUAAUGCCCAUACUGUUCUUGAAGUUAUCAAGUAUCGAUACGGGACCACUGCACAUGUCAGCUUUAUCUUUUUAGCUAUCGUGAACAACCUCUUCAACACGAUCAAUAUGAUUUUAGGUGCUGCAGCUACCAUCACCUCUCUGGAUACACAUCAUGGCUUCAACCUUUCUAUUGCCGAUUGGGGUCAUAAUAUACACACUGAUGGGGGGUAUCAAGGCAACGCUGCUGCUAAUGGACACCUAAUACAUAGGUUUUUAACGGACUAUAUCCAUACAUUAAUCAUUUUGAUUCUUUGUUGUUAUCUAACGACCAAGGCAUUGACAAACCCGGAGGUUUCUUCGAUUGGAGGGCUGUAUGACCUGGUACAGGCAGCCCAGCCUCGCCACAUGGUUGAUGGGAACCUCGGCGGGUCCCUUCUCACUAUGUCAUCUCAACAGGGGAUCUGCUUCGGAAUCAUCUUAAUGGUCUCAAACUUCGGAGCUGUCAUAAUGGAUGCUGGAUAUUUUACCAAAGCAUUUGCUGCAUCGCCCGAGGCAGUUGUACCUGGAUAUGUGGUUGGGGGCAUAUGCUACUUCAGCAUUCCGUGGGCACUGGGGACAGUCAUGGGGAUGACUGCGCUGGGAUUGGAGACCAGCAAAUCAUUUCCUACAUUCCCUCGGCAAAUGACAAGUGAGGAAGUCACAGGAGGGCUAGCCCUACCAUAUGGAGCGAUGGCAAUUGCAGGCAAAGGCGGCGCUGUCGCAACUCUGCUCAUGACAUUCAUGUCCGUGACCUCGACCUUGUCAGCUCAGGUGAUUGCCGUCUCCUCAAUCAUAUCUUUUGAUGUUUACAAAACGUACUGGAACUACAACGCAAGCGGUGCCAACUUGAUUCGAUGGAGCCAGAUUGGCGUUGUGAUGUUUGGGCUCAUCGCCGCGGGCCUCACUGCUGUCUUUAACCAUAUUGGACUUGACAUGGGCUGGACGCUAUACAUGAUUGGUAUCAUAGUAUGUCCCGGUAUGUUCCCUUUGAUACUCGCAAUUCUAUGGAAAAAGCAAAGCCAAGCUGCUGCCAUAGCAUCAGCCUACCUAGGCAUGGCAACCGGUAUCGGCAUUUGGCUAGGCACCGCGUACAAUUUUUACGACGCUAUCGAUAUCACUACAACUGGUGCUACAUUACCGUGCAUGUAUGGCACACUUGGCUCAGCGCUGAGUCCACUUCUAUAUUCCUUCUUGAUUACUAUGAUCGCCCCACAAAAGUUUGACUGGAAAUCGAUGAAAGAAAGCCAUCUAUUUGUUAGUGAGCAGACAGUGAGCCAUGCAGCACAGGAAGACAAGGCACCUCAGAACAUCGAGAAGCGUUCGAUUCGAUAUGCCCUGUUUUGGGCUAUAGCAACAUUCUUCGGAAUUUGGGUUCUUUGGCCACUGCCAAUGUAUGCUGCAAAAUUCAUCAUGGGUAAAAAGGUGAGGGCUCUUGGGCGGGAAAAAACCCACCUCGGAUGUACAGGAAUUGCUAACUGA